AAAUUGUAAAAUCAGUGAGCAGCCAUGCCAGCCAGGUCGUCCAAGACCAAUCUCGUCAAGAGCCAUCGCUCGCCGGGAAUCAAUUUUCUUCGCUCCUGUUCCGUUCCGUUCCGUUCGCGCGCAGACAAAGACUAGGAAUAGUCAACUCUCAACACAACCAAUAUACUACUCCAAAUUGGACAACUGGUGCUACUACUAGUUAACUGUUGGGGAUUAGCACUAGAAGUACACCGCUUCCACCAGAUUCAUCCAUCCAUUCCAGCCGCAGUCGGUCGGGCACCGAUCGAAUCCCCAAUUCCCCAUGGCCCUCCUCCGCCUCCUCCUCCUCCUGGCGUUCGCCGGCGCCCAGGCUCAGCAGAUGCCCUCCUUCCCCGCCGCCAACGACGCCACGCCCUGGCUCCCGACGGAGGCCAGCCGCAUCCUCGUCUCGCCAAGUCGCGGCAUGGCCGCCGGCUUCGUGCCGUCGGACUCGUCCGCCGGCAAGUACCGCUUCGCCGUCUGGGUCGCCAACGUCUCCUCCCGCGCAGACGGCAAGACCAUCAUAUGGUACGCGCACAACACUUCCAACGGCGUCGUCGUCGAGGCCGACGGCAGCUCCACCCUCGUCGUCAACGCCGCCGGCGUGCUCACCUGGGCCGGGGCCAGCACCAUCUGGACCCUGCCCAACGGCGCCAACGCCACGGCUCCUCGGCUGACGCUCAACGACACGGGGAGCCUCGCCUUCGGCUCCUGGUCUAGCUUCGGCGACCCCACGGACACGCUCAUGCCGGGGCAGGACAUACCCCAGGGGAACAACAACAGCGCCGACGUCACCACGCUGCGGUCCGCCAGCGGGCGCUACCGGCUCGUCAACUCCAUGGCGCUCAAGUACUUCUCCGGCGCGGACACGUCGGGCUCCAUCUACGCCAACAUGAGCGGCGGCGGCACGCUGCUCAACCUCACCACCGAGGGCGAGCUGAAGCUCAGCGCCGGGAACCCGCCGACGCUCAUCGCCUCCGACAAGGGCGCCAGGGACCGGCUGCGGCGCCUCACGCUCGACGACGACGGCAACCUGCGCCUCUACAGCCUGCUCCCCACGAGACGCGAGUGGCGCGUCGUGUGGGAGCUCGUGCAGGAGCUCUGCACCAUCCAGGGCACCUGCCGGGGCAACAACACCAUCUGCGUCCCCAAGGGCGCCGACGGCGUCACCUGCGUCUGCCCGCCCGGCUUCCGCAACAGGACCGGUGCAGGGGACGGCUGCGAGGCCAAGAAGAGCGUGGCGCGCGCCGCCGGCAAGUUCGUCCGGCUGGACUUCGUGUCCUUCUCCAGCGGCGCGCCCAAAUCUUCCUCCGAUCCUGGCCCGUACAUGGCCAAGCAGCCGCCCAGUAACCUGCAGGUGUGCGAGCAAAAGUGCCGGGACGACCCCAGCUGCCCGGCGUUCGGCUACAAGUUCGGCGGCGACCGGACGUGCCUGCUGUACAAGACGCGGCUGGUGGACGGGUACUGGUCGCCGGGGACGGAGAUGUCCACCUUCGUGCGGGUGGCGGAGGCGGAGAACGACACGAACCCGUUCACGGGGAUGACGAGCAUGAUCGACACGGUGUGCCCGGUGCAGCUGGCGCUGCCGGUGCCGCCGAAGCAGAAGGCGAAGACGAUCCGCAACAUCGCCAUCAUCACGGCGCUGUUCGCAGUGGAGCUGCUGGCGGGGGUGCUGUCCUUCUGGGCGUUCCUGCGCAAGUACUCGCAGUACCGGGAGAUGGCGCGCACGCUGGGGCUGGAGUACCUCCCCGCCGGCGGGCCCCGGCGGUUCUCGUACGCGGAGCUCAAGACGGCGACCAAGGACUUCACGGACGUGGUGGGGCGCGGCGCGUACGGCACGGUGUUCCGCGGCGAGCUCCCCGACCGGCGCGCGGUGGCGGUGAAGCAGCUGCACGGCGUGGGCGGCGGCGAGGCGGAGUUCUGGGUGGAGGUGACCAUCAUCGCGCGGAUGCACCACCUCAACCUGGUGCGCAUGUGGGGGUUCUGCGCCGACAAGGACCAGCGCAUGCUGGUGUACGAGUACGUGCCCAACGGCUCGCUGGACAAGUACCUCUUCUCGAGCUCCUCGUCGGCGGCGCCCUCCGGCGGCGACGCUCAAGGCGACGGCGAGGAGAGCUCGCAGGGUGAGGGCCAGGGGCGGCAGCCGGUGAUGCUGGACCUGCACACCCGGUACCGGAUCGCGCUGGGCGUGGCGCGGGCGAUCGCGUACCUGCACGAGGAGUGCCUGGAGUGGGUGCUGCACUGCGACAUCAAGCCGGAGAACAUCCUGCUGGAGGACGACUUCUGCCCCAAGGUGUCGGACUUCGGGCUGUCCAAGCUGACGAGCAAGAAGGAGAAGGUGACCAUGUCGCGGAUCCGGGGCACGCGCGGCUACAUGGCGCCCGAGUGGGUGAUCCACCGGGAGCCCAUCACGGCCAAGGCGGACGUGUACAGCUUCGGCAUGGUGCUGCUGGAGAUCGUGUCCGGGCGGCGCAACUACGGCUUCCGGCAGGAGUCGGUGGGCAGCGAGGACUGGUACUUCCCCAAGUGGGCGUACGAGAAGGUGUACGUGGAGCGGCGCAUCGAGGACAUCAUGGACCCCCGCAUCCUCCUCGCCGUCGACGACGACGCCGACAGCGUCGCCACCGUCGAGCGCAUGGUCAAGACGGCCAUGUGGUGCCUCCAGGACCGCGCCGACAUGCGCCCCUCCAUGGGCAAGGUCGCCAAGAUGCUCGAGGGCACUGUCGAGAUCACCGACCCCGUCAAGCCAACCAUCUUCUGCGUCCAGGACGACUAACUAACAAGUCUUCUCUCUUUGCUUUACUUUAGUCGUCGUAUAAUAUAAAAACAAAGCCAAAUUGUUAGUUACGUGUAUAAUACUAUUAUACCACCUCAGAUCCAGUUCAGUUGACUGAUUGAUUGUCGACUACGUAUACAUGCAUGCUCUUGGAAAAGUCAAGUCCAACCACAUGUUAUAAAUGGUUCACAAAUUAUGAACUAUCCGCGUUGCUGC